UAGCCAGCUGUGAGCUGCAAAUAAUCGACUACCUCCGAGGCAGGCAGCGGUGGCCCCGGCCGUGUUAAGAGAAUACAAAUAACUGCCAUCCAUUUCCAAAGCAAAUUGCCAGCUCCCGCACUGAAGGCCGGCGCUGAUGCAGCUCCUCGUUCCCCGGCUGCCACAGCCUUGCCCAGCGGUAUUUUUAUUCCAAUCCUGGACGUCCUAAGGAGCCCCCUGCUACAGAAGGAGGAAUGCCCAACUGGAAUACAGGAGAGAGCUUCUUUGUUCGUCAGUAGCAAGAAGAGACCCUCAGAGGACCGAGCCCCUCGGCAGGUGAAACCCAGUGCGGCCAGAGUCUCCCCCCGAGCGCGAUGGGCACCACCGAAGCCACGCUGCGGAUGGAGAACGUGGAGGUGAAGGAGGAGUGGCAGGACGAGGACUUCCCCAGACCCCUCCCAGAAGAGACAGGAAUGGACUCCCUGGGCAGCCCCGCAGAUGAGAACACAUCCUCUCCCCCUAACACGUUGAACUUUAACGGGGCUCAUCGGAAGCGCAAGACGCUCAUAGCCCCUGAAAUCAACAUUUCCCUGGACCAAAGUGAGGGUUCCAUCCUGUCCGAUGACUUCCUGGACACGCCCGAUGACCUGGACAUCAACGUGGAUGACAUCGAAACCCCGGAUGAGACGGACUCCCUGGAGUUCCUGGGCAACGGGAAUGAACUGGAAUGGGAAGAUGAUACACCUGUGGCCACAGCCAAGAACAUGCCCGGGAACAGCGCCGACCUCUUUGGGGACGGGGUGGUGGAGGACGGCAGCGCUACCAAUGGGAGACUGUGGAGGACGGUUAUCAUUGGGGAGCAGGAACACCGCAUUGAUCUGCAGAUGAUCAAACCCUACAUGAAAGUGGUGACACAUGGAGGGUACUACGGAGAAGGUCUCAAUGCUAUCAUUGUCUUUGCUGCCUGCUAUCUCCCAGACAGCAAUCUAGCUGACUACCAUUACAUCAUGGAGAACCUCUUCUUGUACGUGAUCAGUAGCUUGGAGCUGCUGGUGGCCGAGGACUACAUGAUCGUGUACCUGAAUGGAGCCACACCACGUCGGAGGAUGCCGGGCCUGGGCUGGCUGAAGAAAUGCUACCAGAUGAUAGACAGAAGGCUCCGGAAAAACCUGAAAGCUUUGAUAAUCGUGCACCCUUCGUGGUUCAUCCGGACAGUGCUGGCUAUAUCCAGGCCCUUCAUCAGUGUGAAGUUUAUCAACAAGAUCCAGUACGUUCACAGUCUGGAAGAACUGGAGCAGAUUAUCCCCAUGGAGCACGUCCAGAUUCCUGACUGCCUCCUACAGUACGAAGAAGAGAGAAUCAAAGCCAGGAGAGAAAGGGCAGAGGAGAAACAAGACAUGGCAGAGAAAGAAAGCAGGCCUGCGCUGCCGCCGAGGGAGGAUCAGGAAACCAGCAUGUCAUGAAUAGAAAUAAUGAGGAAUGAAUGGAAGCGGAGGACGAUGCAGCCUGGCAGUCACCCACUGUAAAUGCCCUUCCUGGUACAAGAUCUAGUCAUCUUCUCAUUCCAACUCCUGUAAGAUCAAGGAACCUGCCUUCCCCCUGUCUCAGAGAUGCAAAGUCCUUUAAAGCUUCUGGAAACAUUUUAUUUAAGGAAAGAAUAAUCCAAGAAUAGCACUUUCUAAGACAGGCUCCUGUUUCUACGAUGGCUUGUGGCAAGAGAUAAAUAGUGCAAACGUAUACAAUAUUUCGUCUUAGCACGUGAGCAU